AUGGCGUCCACCAAGCACAGAUACAUCUUCCGGCGUUACUACAAGGAUAGUAAGGCAAAUAUCUAUGGGGUUGCCGUUCUCGCCCGGCGGAUGGGAUGGAAGAACUUUAUUAUCGCUGAUGAGCUGACGAAGCGUCAACUUCGGGGUGAAUCGCUUGAGUUCGAGGAUGAGAGCCUGACCGUGGUGCUCGUUAUGUUCUGGCCAACGCCCUCAAAACCACAGUCGACCACUAGUGAAGGUCUCAAUCAGCCUUCCCUCUGCAUUAAUAAUCACCCUGAAGAUUACGGUCUUGAGCUGGCAAAUCCCGGUCGUGCUGCCUUUACACCGAAUGAUGUGUCUAUCACGGGACGUGAGGAGCUAGAGACUCUUGUUAGGAAAACCCUUACUGCAGAUGACGCCUCUGCCGCUCGAGAUAAUAGACCGGAUCGCUGGCCUGCUGCACGAUACAGGCGGACGAGCGUUCAACAAUCCAACAUAUUCAAGUUGCUGCAAGAUAGGACAUUCGUGUUCGUCUAA